AUGUCAUCCACGAAGCCAUCAACACGCCCAACCACCUCCUCUCGCCCAUCGCUUCUCGAAGGAGAUGGUGAUACCGUCUACAACAAUCAUGCGUACGAGUUAGAUACUCGCACAGAGGAACGGGUGAACCAUCCUCUAUUGUCAGAUGGGUCUCAAACGGCUUAUAACAAUAGCAAAUCCGUUCGCCAUUCAUCUAGUAACUGCAAGUGGACGAUCGGCUGGCUAACGCCUGUCAUCAUAGUUGGCAGCUUUGUCUUGGUGGCAGUGGCACACUAUAUCUACUGCCGUGAACUUGAUCAAAAGCGCGUCGCCUCAACUGUGCCGCAAAGUUGGAAUAAUUCCAUCUCCAUGGCCUUUGCUCGCAUAUUCUCUCUGCUCCUCGUGAUUUCAGCAUCUCAGGCAUUCAACCAACUCCUCUGGUGGUACUUUCGAAGACGGCGCUUGUCAGUUUCGAAGAUUGACGCGCUGUUCUCACUCAGCACGGGGCCCUUGAAUUUAUAUCGGCUCGACAUAUUGCGUCAUGUUCCGAUCCUCUGGAUCUUCGGGCUUUUCCUCCCUGUGAUCCCCAUCAUCACCACAAUCUUCCCAACUGAGGUUUCUACACUGGAUAUCGACUACCAUCGCAAUGGAUCUGCUGUUGCCCUUUUCCAGAACGCCAUGUUUACUACUGGCUAUGAUGGAGAAUAUCGGUGGCCUGCCGAUAGCCUCAAGGGUCUAGCUAGGAAGACACUGCUUCAAGGUGCUUUCCUUACACAGCCCUCACCUUGUGGGCUUAAUUGCUCCUACACUCUAACGUUCGCGGCCCCAAGCCUGCAAUGUGCAGAGGUGACAAUGAUACCAAAUCUUACGUCUGCUACCUUUCCCAUAGCAUUUGGAGAUACAUUCAGAACCCUGAAAGACUCUGAUCCGACGCACUAUAAUUAUAUGGCAGCACCAAUACUAUCAAGAGAUGCGGUCUUCGGCCAGUCCUCAAACAGCCCAUUCACCUUCGUCAUCAGCUACCGGGCUCCAAACGAUGACGCUUACCGGUUUAUUAGUUGCGUGACCAUGGACGCCAAGUACAACGUGGAGGUGCAGUACAAAAACGGUACCCAGAGCAUCGCUGUAAAGACUGAUCCAGUCAAGUAUCCAACACAGUAUGGAAAUUACACGGAGAACGAAAUGCUGGAUUUGAUGCACGGAACCCAAGUACGGGCUAUGAGCGACGCAAUGAUAUAUUGCCUGUCUGGAUACAUUCAAGAAUACGAGCCGCAUGCUUCUCUUUUAUCCCUGCGGUCAUGGCUUGAAUGGAGAAAGUUGACGGUUAUCGGGACAGGACUUGAAGCUCAGGAAAUCCAAGACACGGUGAUCCAUGAAACACCUCUGGCUGUACCUAUUCGCAACGACUCUUUCUACCGGUUCAUCGAUGUACGCCUGAAACUAUCACCUGCAGUUAUCGAGGAGCUCAUGCAAAACACUACACUCUCAAUCUUCAACGCCGCGAGGCACAAGACCCAGACCAUGGUCAACACCAUCUCGUACGAAAAUGCAUACAUAUUCAAAGAACCAGAACGUCUCAUCGCUUCGUACGCAGCGUUGCUGGCUACCUGCCUUGGUUUCGCAACUCUUGGACUGGUCGCUCUCGUGCAGAACGGCGUGGCCGCUGACUCUGGUAUUUUCCUUCAAGUACUGUGCGCCACGACGAAUGGAAACUCGAUGCUUAAUAAAUUGGCCAAACAGGCAUGUCUGGGUGGAUCUGUCAAUCACCUGCAAGACCUCUUGGAUCUCGAAGUACAGUUUGGCCAGGUCAAGGAAGAUACUGAACUAGCGGCUUUUGGAACUACCGCCGAGGUAACUGAGCUGAAGAAAGGCAGCAAAUAUGGCUAG